CUUUUCUUUUCUUUUUUUUAAUCAUCCACCUGGAUCUCAGAAACCCUCAGACCCCCCUCCUCCCAAUCUCUCCCUCCUACCCUCCCUCUUCCUGCGAGGAGGCAAAACGAGCCGCACUCCGAGCACAUGCAACAGGGUGCAGCUUCUGCGUCGCCGCCUCUCCUCUCCUCUCCGACCGGGCUACCAGAUGAGAAGAGCAGCAGAGUGCAGCACCGAGUGAGCACUUGUUCUGCUCUUUCUUUUUUUUUUUCACCCCCGACCCAAUCACAAAAAAGACGCUGAGACCAAAGUCAAGGAAAGAAAAGGAAAUUUUCUCUUUCAGCAUUUCCUGGACUGAGGAGAACAAACACUCAUUGUCAGCUUGGCUCAGUUGGCAGGCGAGUUUUGGGCAUGCCACCUGUGGCACCAGUUUGAUGAAGAAGGCCGGCCGACUUGGCACAUCCUCCUCACCACAUUUCGACAGCGAUGGCUUCCAAGAAGAAGUGGGCAGAGCGGAGGGAGACGCGCAAGGAGCAAGCGUUCUCCACCCGCGAUGAUGCGUCCGUCGCAUCUGGGGCGUCGGGGCCGGGGCGUCCCACCGCCAGGGGGCGUUUCUCCGAGUCUUGGAAGAGGCUGAGCUCCAGAGGGGGGUCCACCAAAAGGGGAGCGCUGGGCUCUCAGCAGCCACCGGCACAGAAAUCAUGGAUAGAGAGAGCAUUCAGCAAGAGAGAAUGCGUUCAUAUCAUUGUGAGCGCCAAAGACCCCCAUAGGUGCUGCUGCGGUCGCCUCAUAGGACAGCACGUGGGGCUUCCCCCCGGCAUUUCAUCCAGUCACAAUGACAAGGCCAAACGGGCGGCCAAGAACGACAGUCCGUCUGAGAAGUGGUCCAUCAGCAAACACACUCAGCUCAGCCCCACGGAUGCCUUCGGCACCAUCGAGUUCCAGGGAGGAGGACAUUCCAACAAAGCCAUGUACGUGCGAGUGUCUUAUGACACCAAGCCGGACCUGCUGCUGCAUCUGAUGACCAAGGAGUGGCAGUUGGAGCUCCCCAAACUUCUCAUCUCGGUCCACGGGGGGCUGCAGAACUUUGAAUUGCAACCAAAACUCAAGCAGGUCUUUGGCAAAGGGCUCAUCAAGGCUGCCAUGACGACCGGAGCCUGGAUCUUCACCGGAGGCGUCAAUACGGGGGUCAUUCGCCAUGUGGGUGAUGCGCUAAAAGACCAUGCCUCCAAGUCCAGGGGAAAGAUCUGCACCAUUGGUAUUGCGCCCUGGGGCAUCGUGGAAAAUCAGGAGGAUCUCGUUGGCAAAGACGUGGUACGUCCGUACCAGACCAUGUCCAACCCGAUGAGCAAGCUGACGGUUCUCAACAGUCUCCACUCACACUUCAUCCUGGCCGACAACGGCACCACGGGGAAGUACGGCGCCGAGGUCAAACUACGGCGACAGUUAGAGAAACACAUCUCCUUACAGAAGAUCAACACACGGAUCGGACAGGGCGUACCAGUGGUGGCUCUCAUUGUGGAAGGAGGCCCUAAUGUGAUCUCCAUUGUGUUGGAGUACCUCAGGGACACCCCCCCAGUCCCUGUAGUGGUGUGUGACGGCAGCGGCAGAGCCUCCGACAUCUUGGCGUUUGGUCACAAAUACUCAGAGGAGGGAGGCAUAAUUAACGAGUCGCUGAGAGACCAGUUGCUGGUGACCAUCCAGAAAACCUUCACUUACAGCCGCACGCAGGCCCAACAUCUGUUCAUCAUUCUCAUGGAGUGCAUGAAAAAGAAGGAGCUGAUAACGGUCUUUCGAAUGGGGUCCGAGGGUCAUCAAGACAUUGACCUCGCCAUCCUCACGGCACUUCUAAAAGGUGCCAACGCUUCAGCUCCCGACCAGUUGAGUUUGGCUCUCGCGUGGAACAGAGUCGACAUCGCCCGCAGUCAGAUCUUCAUCUACGGACAACAGUGGCCCGUUGGUUCCCUGGAGCAAGCCAUGUUGGAUGCCUUAGUUCUGGACCGGGUGGACUUUGUCAAGCUACUGAUCGAAAAUGGAGUCAGUAUGCACCGUUUCCUCACAUUGUCCAGGCUGGAGGAGCUCUACAACACGAGGCACGGCCCGUCCAACACGCUUUACCACCUUGUCAGGGAUGUCAAAAAGCGAGAAUAUCCAGGGUUCAGUUGGAUCUACUUCAAGGGAAACCUGCCCCCAGACUACCGCAUCAGCCUAAUCGACAUCGGAUUGGUCAUUGAGUACCUAAUGGGCGGAGCUUAUCGUUGUAACUACACUCGGAAGAGAUUCAGGACUCUGUACCACAACUUGUUUGGGCCCAAAAGGCCCAAAGCCUUGAAACUGCUGGGGAUGGAGGAUGACAUGCCCAUUCGGAGGGGCCGUCAGAAAACGACACGUAAGCGAGAGGAGGAGGUGGACAUCGAUUUGGACGACCCUGAAAUCAACCACUUCCCCUUCCCCUUCCACGAGCUGAUGGUGUGGGCCGUCCUGAUGAAGCGUCAGAAGAUGGCGCUCUUCUUUUGGCAGCACGGCGAAGAGGCCAUGGCCAAAGCCUUGGUCGCCUGCAAACUGUGUAAAGCCAUGGCGCACGAGGCGUCCGAGAACGACAUGGUGGACGAUAUCUCGCAGGAGCUGAACCACAACUCCAGAGAGUUUGGCCAGCUGGCUGUGGAACUUCUGGACCAGUCCUAUAAACAGGAUGAGCAGAUGGCCAUGAAGCUCCUGACGUAUGAGCUGAAGAACUGGAGCAACGCCACCUGCCUGCAGCUGGCGGUAGCGGCCAAGCACCGCGAUUUCAUCGCCCACACCUGCAGUCAGAUGUUGCUGACCGACAUGUGGAUGGGACGUCUGCGCAUGCGCAAGAACUCAGGACUCAAGGUGAUCUUGGGUCUGCUCCUGCCGCCCUCAAUCCUGAGCCUGGAGUUCAAGAACAAGGAUGAGAUGUCCUACAUGCCCCAGGACCAGGAGGCCUACUUGCAAGAGAAGGAGGAAGAGGAGCCCGAGAAGCCCGUCAAGGAGAAGGAGGAGGAGGACAUGGAGUUCACAGUAAGAUCUUACUGUGAGGCGCAGUACAACUCCGUGGCGAUGCUGGGGAAGGUAGCCACAGAGACGUCCAGGAAGAAAGAUGUUGAGGAGGUUCAGAACCGCCACAGGCUCAUUCCCAUGGGACGCAAGAUCUACGAGUUUUACAACGCUCCCAUCGUCAAGUUCUGGUUCCAUACGAUGGCCUACGUGGGCUACCUAAUGUUAUUCAACUAUAUCGUCCUGGUAAAGAUGGACCUAUGGCCUUCCCCUCAAGAGUGGAUUGUCGUCGCUUACAUCUUCACCAAUGGCAUUGAGAAGAUGAGAGAGAUCCUUAUGUCAGAGCCAGGGAAGUUGUUACAAAAGGUCAAGGUGUGGCUUCAGGAGUAUUGGAACAUCACAGACCUCAUGGCCAUCCUCAUAUUUUCUGUCGGCAUGGUUCUGCGUCUCCAGGAGCCCCCGCUCAUGAGCUAUGGACGUGUCAUCUAUUGCGUCAACAUCAUCUACUGGUACAUCCGGCUGCUCGACAUCUUUGGUGUCAACAAGUACCUGGGUCCCUAUGUGAUGAUGAUUGGCAAGAUGAUGAUCGACAUGAUGUACUUUGUGAUCAUCAUGUUGGUGGUGCUCAUGAGCUUUGGGGUCGCGCGACAGGCCAUCCUCAACCCCAAUGAAGACCCCUCGUGGAUGCUGGCACGGAAUAUCUUCUUCAUGCCGUACUGGAUGAUCUAUGGCGAGGUGUUUGCUGAUCAGAUUGACCAUAUUCAUAUUAGGAAGUUACAGCAAAGGCUGAAUGAAAAACUCUGGCUGGUCGAAAAUUACUUACGAACUCUCGGAACCUGGCGUAGUAGUGGUGCAUCCCACAUUGCCCAGUGCUCUCAAAAUUCCACUCCCUGUGGGCAGAACAUCACCACUGAGGAUGGAGGGAUGGUGGCCCUGCCUCCGUGUAAGACGGGCGCCUGGAUUGUGCCGGCCAUCAUGGCCUGCUACCUGCUGGUGGCCAACAUACUGCUGGUCAAUCUUCUCAUCGCUGUGUUCAACAACACAUUCUUCGAGGUAAAGUCCAUCUCCAACCAGGUUUGGAAGUUCCAGCGCUAUCAGCUCAUCAUGACCUUCCACGAGCGUCCGGUCCUUCCUCCGCCGCUCAUCAUCUUCAGUCACAUCACCAUGGUACUCAAGCACUUGUGUUGUCGCUGGCGCAAGCACGAUGACGACGAGAGGGACUAUGGACUGAAGCUUUUCAUCACAGAGGAUGAGCUGAAGAAGGUCCACGACUUUGAAGAACAGUGCAUCGAAGAAUAUUUCAGAGAGAAGGAUGACCGAUUCCACUCGUCGAAUGACGAAAGGAUCAGAGUUACUUCUGAAAGGGUGGAGAACAUGGCCAUGCGUCUUGAGGAGGUCAAUGAAAGGGAGCACUUUAUGAAGGCCUCGCUGCAGACCGUUGACAUCCGCCUAGCGCAAAUGGAGGAGCUGAUCGGACGAAUCGCGGUGGCGUUGGAGCGCGUGACGGGCGUCGAACGCGGGGAAGUCAACAAAGUUCGCUCGCGGACGUCAUCCGACUGCACCGACUCGGCGUACAUCCUCCGUCAAGGGGAGUGUGCGGACGCCGCCUACAUUCUUCGCCAAAGCAGCUUCAACAGCACCGAGGGGAACACGUACCGCCUGCAGGAGGCGCUGGAGUGCACCGCUGAGGGCUCCAUGUCCCCUCCAUCGCCAACCAACGCCGCGCCGCGGACAAGAAGCCAUUCGUUUUACGUCGGAGGCGGUCGCGGCGGCGAACGCGCGAGCGGCGGCGGCGGCGAACGGGCCGACGGCUUCUUCAAAGAGCGCUCGCUCAGUCUCCAUCGAGCCAACAGCUCGCAGUCCGUGUCGUCGUCCGCCGUCACCAAAGAGUCGAAGCCCCUCCCCCUGGCGACGCUGUCAGUCUCCCAACAGCACCGCCCGUCCUCGUGCAUCGAUAUCUACGUCUCGACUUCUGAGGAGGUGGCACCCGCUGAGGUUUUUCUGGAUUCCCUGCGUGUGGUCCCGCCCCUCCAGAGAGAGGCGUCGCUACAGUCUGACAUCGUCGACCGGGACUUGAGCGGCGGCGCCGCCGCCAGCGGUGACAGGCACUCGGAGGGGGGCGGGGCCAGCAGCGGGACGGCCGCAGCCGCAUUUGACGACAGCGCGGCGGCUGAUCUUUCCUUGUGUUCGGCCCACCUGUUACCGGACACCGGGCUCCCGCCUUGGGACGCGGAACCGUCGCCGCCCCCCUCGGCCGGACCGCUGGAGCGCUCGAAGAGCAGCCGCCUCCUCUCCGCGGUGGGCGCGUCCUUCCUGGAAGAGCCCCCUUUGGUCAAGUCCCACAGCCUGAUGUUCCCGGCGAGGAGCUGCUACGGCGGACUGGGUGCGGGCGUCCAGGUAAAAGCCGCGGAGUACACCAGCAUCACCGACUGCAUCGACACGCGCUGCGUCUCCUCACCGUACACCCCCGUAGAACGCUCGCACUCCCCCGGCUGCUCCACGUCUUUCCCUUUCGAUAAGCCCCCGGACGUCGGCUCCUCUCAUCCGGAGAGAGAGGCCGAGCUCAGUCACACCGAGUCUGACACGGAGGACCUGAUCCCAGCCCCGGACAGCCUUCGUCCGGGGACCCUCGGCGGACCCGGCGGGGCCCCUCUCUGCUCCCCCUUCUCCAGGCUGGAGCGAGCGAACAGCUGCUCUUCAGACGACUCCCAUCCUUCGCUCACGCUGGCCCCUCCGCACAGGAAGAGCCUGUCGGUGAGUGAGAGGAUGGAGAGGGGACCGGGUCUGGGGGCAGAUAGGGGGCCUGGGCCCGGGGGUCGGGGUCUGGCAGGAACCAGAAACCCCUUCCUUAGGAGCAAGUCCGGGGCACGGCCUGACGCAGCAAAGACUGACAGCCUCUCCAUGAGGAAGCUGGCCGCUCCGUCAGCAUUCCGCAGCUUCGAUAGACAGAACUACACGUGACAAGACACACACACACACACACACACUACACACAGCAUACACUGAAAGAACGAGGGAAGAAGGGAAGGCUUGAAAGCAGGACACCCCCCCCCCCCCCCCCCCUUAAAGUUCCACCUGAAACAGAUCUGCGGUGCUUUCGGGAUCAGCAGAGAGCUCUGUGCACCUGUCCAAAAAUAAAGCGCUAAUAGAUUAGCUUUCACUUCCUCCCCCUCUUGUAGCUGACUUAACUCUCAGUGGAAGUUGUGUGCUGUAUGUCCCCCCCCCCCCCCCCCCCCACUACCUUUACAUCAUCUUUGUGCCCCAACACAGAAGGUAAGAAGCUGGAACUACAAAGGUAAGAGAAAAAUCAGGAAAAUAAUACAUUUUCACGUGACGCAAAACGUAGCGUAGCGUUCAUUAUGGCGCUCGGUCUUCACGUCGACGAUAAAAACAAAAUCAUGUAGCUGCUUCCUCAAGAAAUCGUUUCUGAAUCAUGCGGUACUAACUUGACUUUCAUUCGUGCGCUUAUCUUGUUUAGGCCUUUCGGUCACCAGAGGAUUGUGAUGGGACACUUUGUGGGAAUUGACUUUAUGGCACGUCAUGUGUCAAGUUACGCUAGCUAGCACUGCGAGUAGUAAAUACAAGGCCGAAAGGUGAUAAGACAGCGGAAAACACAUGCGCUCGUGCUGCUGUGGCUUUUUAACGGCAGCGCAUAAAAUAAGAAACAUGACUCGACAUGUCGUGUCAAGUCAUGUCAGUGGCCGAAGAGUUUUUGCGGUUCAUGGGCGGGGGUCCGACGAGACAUCGGAAGGCUCCCUUGUCAACAAGACAAUAAAAAUUAGACAAUAGAUGAGUUUUUUUAUUACGAAGGAAAAGGGGGAGAGAGGGGUGGGGGGGGGGGUCAUUACGUCUUUUGCUUUUUUUUUCCUACAGAGUUUUUGCUCAAACUCUGAUAGGCGAAAUUAAAGGUAAAAUUUUAUGGUUGUGAGGCUAAAAUAUAACGCUGCUAGUGAAUGAUUUUUUUUUUUUAAGAAUUGCGCAAACGCGAGCCACGCACACACGUGAAAGUGCCUUCCAAACACCGCUACAUAUCACUGACGGGUCGAAGCUUUGAUGGAGGAUGGGAAGGAUUAGAUAUCAUUUUAAAGAGUUGCUGGAAAUAGAAACUUUGGCCAAGGUUUGCAGUGCGCAAGGCUCGGAUCUGUGCUUCACUGCGAUGGUGCCGCAAAGUUUUUGGUUGGUUCUGCAGCAGCACGGUGGGCCCCGUGUAAGAGGACCUUCUGUUGGUACAAAGGGCUCUUUUUCAUCGGAUGUAAAUUCUUCAAAUGAGGGCAUAACUAUCAAUCUUCCGCUUAUUUUCCAACCAAUAAAUCCGAAAAACGCGUUAUCGUGUCGUUCAUCAAGUUUCGUUCUGUGCGACAUUUCAACUCGCUCUUUAAUGCUUCGUCUCCCAUCACUGACAAUAAAGUUUGAUUUGCAAAUAUUCUUUUUAUAAUCUCUUAAUAUUGAUUUGAUUUUUUAAAAUGAAAUCAAAGACAGCCACAUGCACUAAAUGCUUAUGUAUUUAUGAAAAAUAUGCUUCUACGAGAAAUAUUUAAAGUCGUUUUUAUCAUACGGUGAGAAAUGGAAUGACGUGGCAACUCUUGGCUGGAUACCAAAUUUUCAGGUGCCUUUGGAGCACGUAUGAAUUAUGUUGGAGUUCAAUCACACAUGUUUUUUUUUUUUUACUUUAUAUGUUCCCCCACGUCAUUAAAAAUGGAAAUAUCCAUGACUGAUGUCUGCAUGUGGCCUCAGCGCGGACAUCUGCUUGAGCUCUUGAACGGCACAAAGAGGAUGCUUGUUGGAAUGAGCUGGCAGCAACAUUGCUUGUCUGAACAUCUGUUUGUAGCCAAAAGGCGUCGAGGACAAACGCGUAUGUUUUUGCAUGGGCGGAAAAAAAUUCAAAGUGUAAAAACAACUCUGUUGAAUAGUGAUUCGUUUUUUUUUGUGUGUGUCACAGAAUAACCUGUAUGGUGACUCUCUUGCAAAGCUAAAACAUCCGACAUGUUCAACCCCCCGCCCCCCAGUAGACAACAUUAUUACCUGGGAGAUGCGACAUAACUGUGAACGUACAGUGGAACCUUUAAAGUUGAAAGGAAUCUGGGAAAAUUGUUCAGUUGAAGUUAAAGGUAAUAUUGAUAAUUGACUAAUUGUGUCUUGGGACAAAAUUGAGGGCGCCAUUUGGCUGCCUCGGUUCGUUUUCUCUCCAAAGCUUCCAUUCCGUAUUUUCCGUAUUCUCGAAAAGGCGCACCUAAAAGCCUUCCAUUUCCUUAAAAGUUCACAGUGCCCCUUAAAAUCCGAUGCGCCAUUACGGUAAUAUGUCAACUCCAAAAUGGCUCCUUCCUCGAGACAUGCUGACAACGCAGAGUUCAAACUUAAAGGCGAUCGGUUUCGCAGUUGAACACGGAAAUAGAUCAGCGGCAAGCGAGUUCGACGUUCAUGAGUCAAUGUUAUAACUUGCUGUUGGUUAAGUGAACUGUGUCGCUGGUUUUUGAAAUAAGUUUUACUGACAUCUGAUCGUAGCUAUAUAAAUCAGGGUGGAGUGUAGUGUAAUGUUCUGUUGGCAUUUCCUUGAGUUUAGUGCCAUCUAGUGGAUGCAUUGUAGAUUGCGUCUUAUAAUGCCAUGCGUCCAAUAUAUGAAAAAAAUUACAAAGUAGGCCAUGUCCUGCGAUUGGCUGGCAACCGAUUCAGGGUGUCCCCCGCCUACUGCCCGAAGACAGCUGGGAUAGGCUCCAGCACCCCCCGCGACCCUCGUGAGGAUCAAGCGGCUCGGAAGAUGAAUGAAUGAAUUCAUUGAAGGUGCGCCUCAUAAUCCAGUGGGCCUUUUAGUGUGGAAAAUACGGUACCGUUUUUGACCACUGCUGGCACAUUCAAUGUAUUCCCCCCCCCAAAAAAAAAAAAAUAUUUGGGGAUUAGUAAUUAGGAUUCAUGCUUGCCGACACCAGCAUAGAUAGAUGAACUGACAAAAUACCAUUCAUAUUGACGUUACAAGAUAAGAUAAGAUAACCUUUAUUUGUCCCACACUGGGGAAAUUUGCAACUUGUUAUCGGCCUUUUCCCGUAAUUAAUGGCGCGUUUUGCGUCGUCACUGCCAAAAAGUCUGAAUUCGAGUGCGUUUUGUGCUUAAGCAUCCCCCGCGGCUUAACUUUGAUCACGUCUCGUCGCGCGUGUUUCAAGUCAAGCCAAAGAAAGAGCAAAAGAGUUUCUUUGAAGGUUCCACUGUACAAGAUUGAAAGCGAGAAGCCGGACCCAAAGUCAGUGCUCAGGGACAAGAAUACUUCAGUGAUGUAAGCUAGCAAAAGGUUAUCAGGAGCGAUGUGACUUGAUAUAGAGUAGGAAAUGGCGCUAUUUGCGUGGUAGAAAGGAUAACAUCACAAUCUUGAUUGUUUUUUGUCUUUGGGAAUCACAUCAGAAAUGAACGUCGUCACUUGAUGAAAUCACAGACAUUUCCAUGCGAAUAGCUAAAACAACAAUGGGGGUGUUUGAGGGGUUUUUUUUUCCUGGAACAUACGCCCGCCCGUUGCCGGCCCCUCACGUGCUAAAGCGAAACAAUUAGUUUUUUCUUUUUUU